UUUUACGGUGCUGGGAAUUUCUCCUCUGGCAUAUACGUAUAGGAACGAGGAUCGAAAUUCGAAGGACUAUCAACUGUAGCGUGGCUGAUGUCUGGUGGGAUUGCGCGGGGUCGCGUAGCCGAGGAGCGAAAAGCCUGGCGGUUUCGUGGCGAAGCCAGAAACUGGACCAGAUGGCUGUGUGAAUUUGAUGGCAUGGCACUGCAUUAUCCCUGGCAAAGCCGGAUGCUGGGUGCAGUUACAAGUUAGUAUCUUGCCAGUUGGGCGCCCUGGAUUCAGGACUGUGUUUGCCACUUAGUUGUUUUCCUCCAUAUACUUGGUUAAGUUAUACCGAUUUCUUCCCUUUCUACUCUGCUCGCCUCUAGUUUAAGGGCGGAGCCAUGAUUUCAUUAUGAGAGCAGCCGAGAUUGAAAAGCAUAUAUAAGCAUAAAUUUUAAGGGCUGUAGAUAUAUAACACCUAUAUAAUACUUCUUCUGUACCUGAUUAUAAGAGCCAAUUUUGAGAGAUUGGUGCCCUUAAUUAUAAGACCUUCUACAAAAUUCUAGGAAUAUUUAAAAGUGUUUCCACACAUACCCCUAAUAAAUGAUUAUAAUCUAAUGGCCUAUAUCCUUGGAAAAAUUUGAAGACAUAUGACGACGUGAAAAUCAUGACAUUUAAUUGAGGGCAAAAUUGGAAUGAAGCAAAAAUAUUUUAACAUCAGCUAACCUAACAUGUUUUUGUGGCAUUUGUGAGUCAAAUAAUUGGCUCUUAUAAUUAGGGAGGGAGACUAUUAAGAAAAAAUUGAAAACUUGGGGGUCAUACUCCCCACCGAUCCCUCUGCUGCUGCCCUGGUUGUCACUCUCCCCACUGCAAGUGAAGCUGUGUAACUUGGUAUAGCAUCAAGACAUGACAAUUGACAAAAGACAACCUUCAGCCUGUUUCAGAUUCCUGUAUCUUCAUAAUAGGGGAAGAUUGCUUCGUUCUGCGAUACUAUUUUCAAAUGCUAGAUUCAUCUCACAAAAUAAUGAAUAACUGUAUAUUCGCAAUCUUGAUCAAGUUGUAAAGUUGACCAAAGAAAGCGGUGAUAUGUUAUUAAAUAUUCAAAUUUCCCAUGGAUGUUGCUGGAAAUGCUCGUAUAGUGUAAUUGCAUUUUUUCUAUUUUACUUAUGGUAACUAGUCUUGAUGAAGUUCUGACUGAUAUUUAUUGUGUUAUUGUUAUUUUCUUCUCUUGGUUUAUUCCUUUGGUUGCUAUAGGUCUGGAAGAUAUUAUCUUUGUGGUUUUCUUUUAAUUCCUGUGAAAAAAACCAUUAACCGUCUAAAUGAUGCAGACUGACUGGGAGGGAGGCUACUUCCCCCUUACUCUUCACUUUAGUGAGGAUUAUCCCAGCAAGCCCCUAAAGUGCAAAUUUCCUCCAGGUUUCUUCCAUCCUAAUGUCUAUCCUUCAGGAACUGUAUGCCUCUCGAUCCUUAAUGAGGACAGUGGUUGGAGACCUGCCAUUAUGGUGAAGCAAAUUCUCGUGGGCAUUCAAGAUCUCCUGGACCAACCAAACCCUGCGGAUCCUGCUCAAACUGAUGGGUAUCAUCUUUUCAUCCAGGUUCCUACUGAAUAUAGACGAAGGGUGCGGCAGCAGGCUAAACAGUACCCCCCCGGUUCUUUAGCUUUCUGUUCUUGUUUGUUCAUAUGUUGGCCUUUUUGUUGACUUGAUAAAAUUAAAUUUUAAAAAUUCUGUUUGAGACAA